AUGGCAGACGAAGAGAAUGCAAGGUAUUUAAUGGAGCAGAUUAUUGCUGGUGGUAGUGGCUCCAACCUGUCCGUAACGUACACCGACAAAGAAGAUAGCCAGGCGGACAUAUUCCUCAACAUGUCCGAUGAUGACAAUGAAGAGCCCGAGCUCGAGCAAAACAUUGCCGUGACGGAAGAUUCACAUCACCCAACUUCAGAGGGAUUAACUGCAGUCACUGACGUGUAUUUGGCUGCGGCGGGGUUGGAUUCAACCCAACCCGAUCCCCACCAAUCCACGUGUGUAUCCAGCCUCCCCACCGCAUACCGGGAACGAGGCGACUCGCUCGCGUCGCGCGCUCGGCCACCUCUCCCUCGCGGCACUGACGGCGUGCCCGACGGCAGCGGACAAGGUUCGUCAAGCAGCGGCGUUGACUGCUGCUACUCCCGCACCGGCCUUGAUUCGGACGGCGGCAGCUCCUCCAGGGCAGCGGGUGCACCAGGGGUCCUCAUCACCAUGCUGUCUAGAAGCAUUACCUGCAUAUUAUAUUCUUUAAAUCUGUGAAAGAUAUACGUUGGAGUUGAAAACCUGUGUAAGAUGAUUGUGAAAGCUAUCAUACUUUUUCAAGAAAGUGGGUUGCUAGAUGUACUGAUUUCAAGACCGACAGCUAUGAUUUUUUUCAAUAUAUGAUCUAGCUUGCAACUUUAUGUAAGCUGUACUGUUACAUCUGAACAUUCUGCUAUGAGAAGGUUGUCCUAUUCUGCUAUCA